AUGCCUGAAUCCUGGCCAGAAGGCAGCUUAAGUCUGAAUUAUUGGUUGACUGGUUUUUGUAUCUGCAGUGUCCGAUCCUUCGACAACACCCGAAGCGAGACCAUCCAGUUCCACACGCCGUUGACUCUGAUAGUUGGUUACAAUGGUUCGGGAAAAACUACUAUCAUUGAAUGUCUUAAAUAUGCGUCUACCGGCGACCUACCGCCAAACAGCAAGGGCGGCGCCUUUAUUCACGAUCCCAAGUUAUGCGGAGAGAAGGAGGUUCUUGCCCAGGUGAAACUGGCAUUCAAAGCUACAUCUGGAGCAAAGAUGGUGGCGACUCGGAGCCUGCAGCUUACUGUGAAGAAAACCACACGACAACAAAAAACGUUGGAAGGACAGCUGCUGAUGGUGAAGGAUGGAGAACGAACGGCCAUUUCAUCUCGCGUUGCUGAGCUAGACCAGAUCAUGCCACAGUAUCUUGGCGUCUCGAAAGCUAUCCUUGACUCUGUCAUAUUCUGUCACCAGGAUGAAAGCCUUUGGCCAAUGAGCGAACCAUCCGUUUUGAAAAAGAAAUUUGACGAGAUUUUUGAAGCCAUGAAAUAUACCAAAGCUAUUGACAACAUCAAAGCUCUACGGAAAAAGCAGAAUGAAGAGCUGGCAAAAUUCAAAAUCAUGGAGCAGCAUUCCAAAGAAGAUAAAGACAAAGCAGAUCGCGCAGAGAAAAGAUCUAUCAAGUUACAAGAGGAAAUAGAAGCUUUGCGAGAAGAAACACACAAAAUAUCCCAAGAAAUGCGGAACGCGGCCGAAUUGGCCGACAAGGCGUGGAAAGAGUCUGAAAGCUAUGCACAGGUCAUCGGUGCACUGGAAGGAAAACGCAUCGAAGCAAGAAGCAUUCAGUCUACCAUCGACAAUCUAAAGAGACAUCUUGUCGAGGUCGAAGAGUCCGAUGAAUGGCUACAAUCAACGCUCGAGCAAUUUGAGUCCAGACAGCUAGAAUAUCAGCAACAGGAAGAUACUCACAAAGAAAGAUAUAUAGAUCUUAAAGAACAAAUUGAAUCGGCUCGCGAUCAGUUGGGUUUGAAGCAAGCGGAAUACGGAAAAUACGAAAAUGACAAAGAUCAAUUUGAGCGUCAAGUCGGACGCCGGGAAAACAUGAUCAGAGACUUUGCUCGACAGAACAAUAUUCGUGGCUUCGAAGACACGCUUGAUGAGUCAAAAAUAGACGAAUUCAUGCACAGGAUGCAGAGAAUGAUAAAAGAGCAUAGCCAAGCAUUGGACCGAGCUCGAAAGGAAGGGCAGUCGGGUAUACGUGACACCCAGAACGUUCUUAACCAGAUCGCACAGCGAAAAUCCGCCUUCCAAGAAUUAAAAAACGUGGCUAGAAGGCAAAUCUCGGAUAAUGACAGGGAAGCAGCAGCAGUUCAAAGUCGUCUAAAUGAAAUUGUCGUGGACGAGGGCACGGUUGCCGUCCUUGAGUCGGAAAAGGAAGAAGUCCAAUCUCGACUUGACAGAUUUAAAGAUGCAGCUCGAAGCGCAACAUGGGAUAAGGAUAUUCAAGAUGCCAAUGCCCAGCUCAGGUCUCUCGAAGACGAAAGUACUAGGCUCAACUCGGAACUCAUUGCAGGAACUAAAAAGGCGGGCGACUUAGCACGACUUGAUCAUCUGAAGAAGGAGCUCAAAGAUCGCGAGCGUCAAUUAGAGACAAUGUCAGGUGCUCAUGGAGAUCGCAUCUCUCAGCUUGUUACUCAACAAUGGAGCCCGGAGACACUUGAGCAUGAAUAUCAGAAUGUCUUGAGAGAUGCUUCAGAUACUAUGGGAAUGGCUGAACGCAGUCGCGACGGCGUAGGGAGAGAGCUGGAUCAGGUUGAAUUCAAACUCAAAGAUACGAGAACGGAACUCGAAAAGCGGAAAAAAGAACGUGAUGGGUGUGUAAAAAAGAUUCGCGAUGCCAUUGACGAUGAUCCUACCGAAUUCUCAGAUAUUCUUCAGACGAGGCAGAAUCAGCUGGACCAAACCAGAAAGGAUAUUGAACAAUUUACAGGAAUGCACGAAUACUUCAACAUGUGCCUCGAUGCCCUCGACAAGAAAAAGAUGUGCAGAACAUGUAUGAGGCCGUUUAAGAACGACACUGAGAUGCGAAGUUUCAAAAAUAGACUUGAGGGCCUCAUCAAAAAGAAUUUCUCUUCAUCGGACGAAGAUUUAAAGCAAGCCGAAGAAGAUUAUGAAUCUGCUCGGAUGGCGAGCACUGAUUAUGAUACCUGGAUGCGCCUGUCGGAAACCGCUAUUCCCGAACUUGAGAAGAAUGAGGAGCAGUUUCAAUCCCAGAAGGAAGACAUCCUUAAAAGACUCGAAAAUCACGAUAGUAUCGUGGACGAGCGGGCCGAAAAGAAGCGAGAAAUCGAAUCUCUUUCUCGAACAGUUACAUCCAUUGUUCGUAUUGACGGCGAGGUUAAGUCUCUGCGCUCUCAAAUAGCAGAAGUGUCUUCUAAGCAACAGCAAAGCGACUCUUCACGAGUUUUGGAAGAUAUUCAGAACGAUAUUGCAGCUAUCGGGGAAAAGUCCAGAGCCAUCAAGUUGACUCUUUCAAAGCUGUCUUCUGAAAAGGACCAGUCCCGAGAUGAUCUUAACAGGGCCGAGUUGGCGCUCAGAGACGUAAAAAGCAGCCUUGACAAUGCCAGCCAUCAGCUCGAGAAAAAGUCAAGUCUUCUUUCCCGGGUUGAGGAAUACAAGAAGAUGAAUGCAAAGCAGCGUGAAUCUAUCGACAAAGCCGAUGGUGACAUUGAGAAGCUAGAACCGGAAAUUGCAAAAGCUCAGGCUAGGCUUGAUGAUAUCAGCCGGCGCGCUGAAGCAAAAGAACGAGAACUUCAGCAGGGCUUGACCCAUUUAUCCGAUAAUUUGCAUCAGCUUAAUCUUGCCAAUGAUGAGAUCAAAUCAUACACUGACCGUGGUGGUCCAGAACAGUUAGACAGAAGCCGAAAGGACCUAGAUGUUAUCCAGCAAGAAAUCAAGUCCCUUGAAGCGGAACAAGGCGAAGUCACACGCGAAAUCAACAAAAUAUCUACCCAACUCAAAGACAGCGAAAACACCAAACGACAGUACUCGGACAAUUUAUCUUUCCGGCAAUCUUGUAGGAUGUUAGAACAAGUUGAAGACGAGGUACAGCAAUUGGAAGAGCAAAACGCAGAAAUUGAUCGUAGUCGUUUCAAGGAAGAGUCAGAGCGAUGGACGCGAAAGCAUAAUGCACUUGCGGCGCAGCAAGCAAGCAAAAUGGGCGAAAUGAAGUCCAAGGACGAUCAACUCUUGCAACUGCUUGCAGAUUGGAAUACGGACUACAAAGAUGCAGCGGUCAAGUAUAAGGAAGCUCACAUCAAGGUGGAAACCACAAAAGCUGCCGUGGAUGACCUCGGUCGCUACGGAGGCGCCUUGGACAAGGCGAUCAUGAAGUAUCACAGCCUCAAGAUGGAAGAGAUCAAUCGCAUUGUUGAGGAGCUUUGGCAACGAACCUACCGAGGCACUGACGUGGACACCAUUUUGAUUCGUUCUGAUAAUGAGAAUGCCAAGGGAAACCGUUCCUACAACUACCGCGUCUGUAUGGUUAAGCAAGGAGCAGAAAUGGACAUGCGUGGUCGCUGCAGUGCUGGACAGAAGGUUCUUGCUAGCAUUAUUAUUCGUCUUGCUUUGGCUGAGUGCUUUGGCAUCAAUUGCGGACUUAUCGCACUGGAUGAGCCGACGACAAAUUUGGACCGGGACAACAUUCGGUCUUUGGCUGAAUCACUACAUGACAUUAUCAAGGCUCGCCAGCAACAGGCCAAUUUUCAAUUGAUUGUGAUCACUCACGAUGAGGAAUUCCUACGUCACAUGCAGUGUGGAGAUUUCAGCGACUACUACUACAGGGUUUCGAGAAAUGAGAAACAAAAGUCUAUAAUCGAGAGGCAGUCCAUCGCUGAGCAGCAGGUCAUGUAA